UGGCUUCCCUCUUUCUUUUCCACUUCCCCGGUGAAGGUUGAUUAGAUCUUUAGAUCUCAUAUCUCUCUCUCUCUCCCGGUCUCUCUUUUCAUCUCUCGCUCUCUCAUCUUUUCUCCACUUUUCUUCGAUCCGGUCUGUUCACUCUCUCUCUAUUUUUCCCUUUUUUCUCUUUCAAUUACUGUUUGAGUAUUAUUUGGGAUAUUGUUUAGGUUUCAUUUUCUGAUUUCUUCAUAAUUACCUAGAAUUACCCUCUUCUCCCCAACUGUUAUACAUUUUUCUAGGGUUAUUGUUUCCAUUUUCAUCAUUAGCACCUGGAUAUCUGAGAAAUCAAAUGGCUGCUCCGCCCGCUAGAGCUCGAGCCGACUAUGAUUACCUCAUCAAACUCCUCUUGAUCGGCGACAGCGGCGUGGGUAAGAGUUGCCUUCUUUUACGUUUCUCAGAUGGUUCCUUCACCACCAGUUUCAUUACUACCAUUGGCAUUGAUUUCAAGAUAAGGACUAUAGAGCUUGAUGGAAAACGGAUCAAACUUCAAAUCUGGGAUACUGCUGGUCAAGAGCGGUUCCGAACAAUCACUACUGCUUACUAUCGUGGAGCCAUGGGUAUUUUGUUGGUGUAUGACGUGACUGACGAGUCAUCAUUUAACAACAUCAGGAACUGGAUUCGAAAUAUUGAACAGCAUGCUUCUGAUAAUGUCAAUAAAAUUUUGGUUGGGAACAAGGCUGACAUGGAUGAAAGCAAAAGGGCUGUUCCCACUUCCAAGGGUCAAGCACUAGCUGAUGAAUAUGGCAUAAAAUUCUUUGAGACGAGUGCCAAGACCAAUAUGAAUGUUGAGGAGGUUUUCUUUUCAAUAGCUAGGGAUAUUAAAAAAAGGCUUGCCGAAUCCGAUUCAAAAGCUGAGCCUCAGACCCUGAAGAUUAACCAACAAGACCAGGCAGGAGGGUCAGCUGCUGCAGCCCAAAAAUCAUCCUGCUGUGGUUAAUCAAUCUGCAAGCUUGUGGUGAAGAUAGGGUAAUAGGAGAUAUUUCCUCUAUGGCGACCAUUUUGGUUGGAGGAUCUGAUCUUAUCUGAAAAUUGUUAGUGUUGGUUGUAUUGCUUGACAUCAAACAUCUCAGUAUCGACCAUUUUGCAUUAUCUCACUGCUCUUAAUUUUGGGAAAAAAGUAUUUUGAUAGUACAUACAUUAUGUUCAAUUCUUUUUGUGGAGUCUGCUUGAAUUGUGCAUUUUAGAAUGAAAUUUACUUGCAAUCCUGCU